AUGCAUCCUGCCUCGCCGCAUCAACAUCGCUCGCGUCUUCAUGUCGGCUCGCCGGGAUCGGGCCAAGUGCAGGCCUCCUCAUCGACGGAGACCUUUCCGCUGACACCUCAGCCGCAGCAUCAGCAUACGGUGCAUAUACCACCUUCCGCAUCGUUGCCCUAUCAGGGACUCAAAACGUCUGAAAAUGAUGACAUGGGCUGCGUGGAGAUACUAGCGACGGCUAUUUCCGUGCUGAUUAUGAUCCUGACCUUCCCCAUCUCCGUGUUCAUCUGCUUCAAGGUGGUGUCCGAGUACGAGCGCGCUGUGAUCUUUCGCAUGGGUCGCCUCCGCAGCGGUGGGGCCCGUGGUCCGGGUGUCUUCUUUGUCCUGCCCUGUGUCGACGACUACUAUCCGGUAGAUCUGCGCACCGUCUCGUUCGAUGUGCCGCCGCAGGAAGUGCUCUCCAAGGACUCGGUGACGGUUACUGUGGAUGCCGUGGUCUACUAUCGCAUCAGUGAUCCGCUGAAGGCCGUCAUCCAGGUGUACAACUACAGCCACUCGACCAGCCUCCUGGCAGCCACCACAUUGCGCAAUGUUCUCGGCACCCGUAAUCUCUCCGAGCUGCUCACUGAGCGCAAGACCAUCUCCGACACCAUGCAGAUGUCCCUGGACGAGGCCACCGAUCCUUGGGGCGUGAAGGUGGAGCGUGUGGAAAUCAAGGACGUCUCCCUGCCCACGGCACUGCAGCGUGCCAUGGCCGCCGAGGCGGAGGCGGCUAGGGAGGCCCGGGCCAAGGUGAUUGCCGCCGAGGGCGAGAUGAAGUCGUCGCGUGCCCUCCGCGAGGCCUCCGAGAUCAUCUCGGCCAGUCCGUCGGCCCUGCAGCUGCGCUACUUGCAGACCCUCAGCAGCAUCUCCACGGAGAAGAACUCGACCAUUAUCUUCCCGCUGCCCAUGGAGCUGCUCACGCCGUUUCUCAACUCCCACUCGCAUGGCAGCCACCAGCAACAGCAGCAGCACAAUAUGCAUCCCCAUCCGCCGGCACCGGCCACGCCCCUGCAUCGCCACCAGCACCAGCAUCAUCAGUGACGCUCAAUGUCGGUGCUGCAGCCCUAUCUGGAGGCACUGCAUCGCUGCGAGCUCAAAAGACAGCAGCGCCAGCGGCAGCCGCUCACAGAUCGCAACGAUGACGAUGACAUCGUGGGCUAUUUGCUGUAGCAUCCGAUAAAAGUGUAGGAUCACUGGAUCAGAGUGGUGUAGAGAGAUGGCGGGGAAUCCGAGGAGGUUAUUGUUCUUUGAAGUGUUCUUAGUCCAUCUGUUGUUUUUUUUUUUUGUAUUUUUUUGUGUAUAAAAUAUGAAUAAUAUUAGAUACAAGCCAAGGCGCUGUAUUUAUAUGUAGAAUA